CCCUUUUCUUUUCUGAUACUCCUCUUCUUCUAGGGUCAUUUUCUGCUCUCUCCAAAUCAUGACGAUUCACAGUCCUUUGCUGCCUGUACUUUUGGUAUUCACAAUUUUGCUAUCAACCCUCCAUCCUUCUAGUUGUCGGCAACUUGGUGAGACUUCCUACGGAGAUACACAGGUUACACAGCAAGGCCUGAUGAGACUGAGAGCCAGGUUUCUUAUGCUGUUUCCAGAGCAUUUGUCUGCUACUUUCCUCUCUGCAGUUUCUGAAAACAAGAAGUUCAGUUCAGUACAUGGUGUUUCACAUCAAUUAGUCCCUGGAGGACCAAACCCACUUCACAACUGAUCAUCAAGAUCAUGUCUUCCCCCUCCUCCGGUGCUCUUGGAAUUUUUUUUUUUUUUUUUUUUUCUGUUUUCUUUUGAGAGGUGAGGGAGGAAAAGGAAACCACCUGGAAGGAAAGAAGAGAACUCCUGUUUAGAUCUGGGGGCAGAGUCUUUCUUUCCUGGAACCAAGAUUAUUGCUUACUUUGUGCAUUGAAGUAUGUUCUAAUGUUCCCAAAGAUUUUGUAUAAGCAUAGCUACAAUAUGAAGAGAAUCAAAACCAGUAAAUUAUAAGAUUGAAG